UUAAACUUUCAAAUACUUUGGAAUUUCCACUUUUGAAUGACAGUGGUGCUAUUUUGAUAGUAGCAAGACGAAUUGAAAUUGAACCGAAAUGCAAAAUAAUUGUUAAUUACAAAAAAUUCUUUCGAAUAGUAAUAUAUUCUAUAGAAAUGACGUCUGAACUUGAAAUUAUCGCAAAUAAUAGUUCAUAUAAAUUCGAAAUCAAAGAUCAAAAAAAUGUUGGCAAGCUACUUAAUAUAUACAAUGACAAAACCCCAGAAUAUAAGGAUAAACAUACCUUUGAUAAUAUUAUUCUUAAAAAUAAUUCAUUCUUUAAAAUGUUAAAAUACUCUUUAAAUAUUGCAAUUGCCUUAUUUUAUGAUAAUCCUGGAAUUACACGAUCAAUCCUCUCUUGGAUUGUUAGAAUAACGAGAAAAUCUGAACUUGAAGAGAUUAAAGAAUUAUAUUAUAAUGCAUUAACAAUAUUAACGAAGCUUAAUACCAUAGAUAAAAGAACAGAAAAUAAUAUUCAAUUUGUUCCGCCGUUUGACAAACGUAUUUAUAAAGAGCGAAUUGAUGAAUAUAUGAAAUUUGCAAAAGAUUAUGAAGAAAAAUUUGCACAGGUCCUAAAUGAUGAUGAACAAAAAACAGAAUCGUUAUAUGUAUCCUUAAUGGAUAGUAGUGAUAAGGCCAAAAUGUAUGAAGAUUUAAAUGAAAAAAGAAAAACUCGUUAUAAUUCAGCAUGUGAAUUAAUGGAAAAAAUAGAAAUUGAGCUUCAAAGAAGACGAGAAAAUGUAAAAAGCGCUUUUAAUGAACUUGAAAAAGGAAUUGAAAAUUGGAAGGAAGAACAAAAAAUUGAAGCACAAAAAAAAUUGGUUAUUGCUGCUGUAGAUUUAUCUUUAAGUGUUGCCAAAAUUGUUGUUCAACCUGGUGGCAUAAUCAGCUUUGUUGAAACCAUAAAAAAAGUGACCAAUUCAGUUCAGGAAGCAUUAACUAGUAUUGAUAUAGAAAAAAUUGAAGAGUUGUACAAGAUAACUACCGAUACUGAUGUGAAAGAAAAUUUUGACAAACUUAAGGACUUAGAUAACAAAGUCAAUAAAAUUCAAGAAAUUGAUAAAAAACUGAAAAGUGAUAUUGAUAAUGCUAAUAAACUAGAUAGUAAUGCGAAGGAAGGGCAUGGAAUAAUAGAAAACUUAGAUAUUAAUAGUCUUGCAGAAAGGCUUGAAGUUAAUGAUCAAAAAGGAAUCUUGUUAAGCACCGAAUGGGAAUUAACUAGGCGUCGAACGAUGAAAUUGCUUGAGUUUCCAAUCAAACAAAAUAUUGAAGGUGCCGAAAAAUAUUUAAAUUCAUUGGAGAAUUUUUUUAUAUUUAUUGAUGCAUACAUUAAAGCUAAGAUUGAAGAAAUUGAAAGUUCUGAGGAAUUUUUACGAACUAGAUUGCAAGCAAAAUUGUCAAAAGGAAAAAAAGAACGAGUUGAACUAAUGAUUAAAAAACACGAAUCAAAAAAUUAUGAUGAGAUUAAAUUCCAAUUAAUCGAACAUCUUAUCAAUAUUAAAUUUUGGAUGAUGAUAUACAUGGAAGAUUAUCUAUGUGCCUACGAAUAUUGGUCACUUACAAAGUCAGAAAUAAAGCCUUCAGUCAUUAAAACAUUUCAAAAACUGGAAGAAGAUAUGAAUAAAAUUAGAGAUGAACUAGAGAGUGCAUAUGUAAAAUUUGGAUGUAGCCCUAAUCUUAAUCGGUCUUUAAUUAAAUUUGAUGAAGAAAAAUAUAUUGAAGAAUUUAAAAAUAAUCGAUCUGUUAUAAUAGAAAUUCCAUUGAAUUGUAAGGAAUUGUGGAGUUAUUCACACAUAAACCUUCACUCUCUUAGAGUAUAUUUAGAAGGGGUUGGAUCAGAAAAUGAGACAAUCAGUCUCUAUAUUAGUAAUACAGGCACUUUGUCGAACAGAGAUAAAAAAAAUCAAGAACAUCAUUUUAGGUCUGAACCUAUUCCAACUAAUGAAUUUAAAUACAGAGUAAAUUCAUCGUUAAAUUCAUCUGUAGAAUUCGAUAAUUCUGAAAAGUAUAUAGAUCAUGACAACAAAUAUAAUAAUGAUGAAAAGAUUUAUUUUGUCCCAACUCCAUUUUGUCAGUGGAAAAUUAAUCUUCAUACCAAUAAUGACUUGUCUGGAUUGAAAUCAAUUAACAUUCAUUUGGUAACGUAUUGUCAUUUGAUAGGUUGA